AUGACCCAAAUGGAACUUAAAUUCCUUACAUGUAAACUUCUAUCAUUAGUUCUAUAUCUAUCAACUCAUGUUUAUUUAUCCAAAAGCUCUGAUGACUUUCUUGAUUGCAUUACUCUUAAUGAUUCAGACAUUGUUUUUACUCAUAUUGACAAUCCAUUAUCACCAUAUCUUGAUCAACACACUGUCCAAAACCUUAAAUAUGACACUUCUACAAUCACAAAACCAUUAGCAAUAAUCACUCCCUUGUCAUAUUCCCAUGUACAAUCUACAAUUAUCUGCAGCUUGAAAUCUGGAAUCCGAAUCCGAAUAAGAAGUGGUGGUCAUGACUAUGAAGCCCUUUCUUCUAUCUCAUUUGAUCACAACCCUUUUGUCCUUGUUGAUCUUAUUCAACUCAGGUCAGUAACGGUUGAUUCAGAGGCUAAAACUGCAUGGGUCGAAUCUGGUGCUACUCUCGGCGAACUUCACUAUUGGGUGUCUAAAAAAAGUAACCUUCUUGGAUUCCCAGCUGGGGUAUGCUCCUCGGUUGGCGUUGGAGGGCAUUUUAGUGGAGGAGGAUUCGGUAUGUUGGCAAGGAAAUAUGGGUUGUCAGCUGAUAAUGUAAUAGAUGCACUUAUUGUCGAUGUGAAUGGGCAAAUUUUAGAUCGAGAUUCAAUGGGUGAGGAUUUGUUUUGGGCUAUUAGAGGAGGAGGGGGAGGUAGUUUUGGUGUUGUACUAUCUUGGAAGAUUAAUCUUGUUUAUGUUCCACCAAUUGUUACAGUUUUUAGUAUUACCAAAAAUGAUAUUCAGCUUGUUAAUAAGUGGCAAUAUAUUGGGCAUUCUAUUAGUGAUGAUUUGUUCAUUAACAUUAGAAUAACUGCUUUUCGGGCAUUGGAUCAGGCAGAAAAUAAAACAAUGCAAGUAACCUUCAAUUCUCUGUUUUUGGGGACAGCUGACAAACUUAUUGAUACAAUGAAUGAUAUAUUUCCUGAAUUGGGAUUAUAUGAAAAGGAUUGCAUUGAGAUGAAUUGGAUUGAAUCGGUGGUUUACUUUUCGUCGUAUAUAAGAGGAGAAAGCAUUGAUGCAUUGAUUGAAAGGAAACCAUGGCCUAAAGGUAACUACAAAAUUAAAGCAGACUACGUGAGGAAACCGAUCCCAGAAGAAGCACUUGAAGAGAUCUUCAAAUGGUGUUUGCUUGAAGAAAACUUGACUAUCGAACUUGAACCACAUGGCGGAAAGAUGAGCAAGAUAGACGAAACCGAGACUCCAUACCCUCAUAGAGAAGGGAAUUUCUACAUGAUACAAUACAAGAUCACAUGGGAGGAUGAAGCAUUUGAAAGCAAGUAUAUUGGUUUUAUAAGAAAUAUAUAUGAGAAGAUGGCUCCAUUUGUAUCUAACAAGCCAAGGGAAGCUUAUGUGAACUUUAGAGAUUUGGAUGUGGGUUUAAAUGGCAAUGGAUGUGCUACAACUUAUUUGCAAGCUAAAAAUUGGGGAAGCAAGUACUUUAAGGGCAAUUUUAGAAGGUUGGCAAUUAUCAAAGGGAAAGUUGAUCCAACAAAUUUUUUCUGUUAUGAACAAAGUAUACCCCCAAUGGUUUUGUGUAAGGAAAUACAGAUACUACAACAUAGAAACAAAAAAAUGAAAUGCUACAACCAUAGUGACUUUGGCCUUCACCAAAAUAUAUAAUUUUGGAUGUU